UUGGACCCUUCAGGGAUAUUGUCACAGGAAUGUCACUUUGAGAAGUUCCACAGAUUUGGAAGUUCUUAUAUUGCAGCUUCAUAUGUUAAGUUUUUGGAAUCUGCCGGUGCCCGAGUUGUGCCAAUAAGAUUAAAUCUUUCAGAUGAAGAAUAUGAUAAAAUAUUCCACUCUAUUAAUGGGGUACUUUUUCCAGGAGGUGGUGUGGAUCUUAAGACUUCAGAAUAUUCCAGGGUUGCUAAGAUAUUUUACCGCAAGGCAUUAGAGGCUAACGAUAAAGGAGAUUAUUUCCCAGUAUGGGGAACAUGUCUUGGACACGAAGAGCUUACGUAUCUCACAAGUGGCGAGGUUUUACUUGUUAAUACCAAGACAGAUGGUUUUGCACUCCCUUUGAACUUUACCUCAGCUGCAAAAGACAGUAGAUUAUUCAAGAAUUUUCCUGAUGAUGUAUUAUAUGCAUUUGCUACUGAGCCGUUGACAUCAAACUUUCAUAAGUGGAGCCUCUCCAUGGAGAAUUUCACAAAGAAUGAAAAGCUUCGUAAUUUCUAUAAUGUUCUGACCACUAACACGGAUGAUGAAGUGGAGUUUAUAUCUACCAUGGAAGCGUAUAAAUAUCCAAUUUAUGGCGUCCAGUGGCAUCCAGAGAAAAAUCCUUUUGAGUGGAAGAAUUCACCAGGCAUUCCACAUUCCCCAUCAGCUGUAAGAGCAGCAUAUUAUAUAGCUGACUUCUUCAUUAAUGAAGCCCGGAAGAGCCUGCACCAUUUCCCCAGUGAAGAUGAGGAAACAAAAGAAUUGAUUUAUAAUUAUACUCCAAUAUAUACAGGAGCAUUUUCUUCAUUUCAGCAAAUCUAUUUUUUUGAUUGAGUAUGGUGUCAAAGGUGUGGUGUUGCUAUUUAUAAAUGGAAUUAUUUGCCAGCACUACGUAAUUAAGCUGAUACAGUGCACCACACGUGACAGAAAGCCAGAACAGUUCUCUUCCUUUACAAUGAUUUAUCCUGUGUUUCUUCUACACUGUUGGACCAUUAAUAUAAAAAUUUACAUUCAAUAACAUAAUAAUUGUCUUGGAU